AUGGCGAAACGAAGAGUCAAGAAGCGAACCCACAUGGGGGCCAACAACCCCCAGCCUAACUCGGCCGGACAUGCCUCUGCCCGCGAUCCCAAGAGCAUGGUCAUCAGAAUAGGCGCUGGAGAGGUCGGUUCAAGCAUUAGCCAGCUUGCGUCGGAUGUGCGAAAAGUCAUGGAGCCCGGAACUGCCAGUCGGCUAAAGGAGCGAAGAAACAACCGAUUGAAGGACUAUGUAGUCAUGUGCGGUCCGUUGGGAGUGACGCACCUGAUACUCUUUUCGCGAUCGGAAGGAGGAAAUACAAACAUGAGAGUUGCUUUGGCGCCUCGAGGACCGACAUUGAACUUCCGAGUUGAGAAGUACUCUCUCUGCAAAGAUAUCCAGAAGAUCCAGAGACAUCCCAAGGGCAUGGGAAAGGAGUUUCUUUCUGCCCCUCUGCUGGUCAUGAACGGAUUCUCUCGGCCUGAUGCCACUUCCAAGUCAAAGGUCCCAAAGCACCUCGAAUCAUUAGCCACCACCGUUUUCUCAUCCAUGUUCCCCCCGAUCAACCCUCAAGCUACACCAAUCAAAUCAAUUCGCAGAGUGCUGCUCAUGAACCGAGAGCAGUCCAAGGAAGACGACGGCACCUUUAUUAUCAACUUUAGACAUUACGCCAUUACCACUAAACGAUCUGGCGUGUCAAAACAGCUGCGCCGCAUCAAUGCCGCUGAACAAUUCCUCGGCACCAAGACCAGCCGACGAAGCCACAUGCCCAACUUGGGGAAGCUAGAAGAUAUCGCAGACUACAUGAUUGGCGGCGAAGGCGGCGAUGGAUACGUCUCCGACGUGACGAGUGGUAGCGAAGUCGACACCGAUGCCGAAGUCGAAGUUCAAGAGACCGCCUCCCGAAAAGUUCUGUCUGCCAAGGCCCGUGCUGCUGCCGCAGAGAACGGCCAGGAUGAAGAGCUCGAAGAAGGAAACGUAGAACGACACGUGGUGAAGCUCGUCGAGCUGGGACCUCGCAUGAGACUGCGCUUGACCAAGGUCGAGGAGGGCAUGUGCUCGGGCAAAGUCAUGUGGCACGAGUACAUCAACAAGUCGGCUGCAGAAAUCAAGGAGCUCGAGAAGCGAUGGGAGAAGCGGACGCAGGAGAAAGAUGCACGACGACGUGAGCAAAAGGCCAAUGUGGAGAAGAAGAAGGCGGCAAAGGCAGCGCAGAAGGCAGCAAACAAGGGUGGAAAGGCUGACGACGAUGAGGAUGAUGACGAGGACGAUUAUGAGUACUACAGCGAUAUGGAUGUGGAUGAGCUGGACAGCGAGGGCUUGGCUGGUGAUGCUGAGUUCAAGGUCAACGAGCAGAAGGAGGAGGAUGGCGAGUGGGAGGACCAGGAAGAGGAGAUUGGUAAUAACUAA